AUGUUGAAAUUACGCCAAUUACAAAAGAAAAAGCAAAAAGAAAAUGAAAACAGCAGUUCUAUUCAGCCUAAUUUAUCGGCAGCAAGAAUUCGUUUGAAAAGGGACCUUGAUUCGCUGGACCUCCCACCAACAGUGACUUUGAAUGUAAUAACAUCACCAGAUAGUGCGGAUAGAUCACAAUCGCCGAAAUUGGAGGUAAUUGUUAGGCCUGAUGAAGGAUAUUAUAAUUAUGGAUCUAUUAAUUUCAAUUUGGAUUUUAACGAAGUUUAUCCGAUUGAACCACCAAAAGUUGUAUGUUUGAAGAAGAUCUUUCAUCCAAAUAUCGAUUUAAAGGGGAACGUUUGCCUAAAUAUUCUUCGAGAAGACUGGUCGCCAGCUCUAGAUUUGCAGAGUAUUAUAACCGGGCUUCUUUUCUUGUUCUUGGAGCCUAAUCCCAAUGACCCGUUAAACAAGGAUGCAGCAAAGUUACUGUGUGAGGGUGAGAAAGAAUUUGCUGAAGCUGUGAGAUUGACCAUGUCUGGAGGUUCAAUUGAACAUGUCAAAUAUGAUAACAUAGUUUCUCCUUGA